GAGAGAGAGAGAGAGGAAAAUGAUUAAUCUGUCAAAGGCGAAUUUGUGUUGGAGAUGAGAGAGUGUUCUGACUUUCAGUCGAGCGUAACGAAGCCCGCACUCACGCGCAAUUGAUGCACAGGAAUUUGAUGCACCACCGCCGCCAUCAUAGCAGGUGGUGCUUGUAUAAUCGUCCAGGCUCUUGAUGCUCGUCGCUGAUCUGCGCGUCGUUUCAGCACCGGACAGCGACCGAGAGCGUCGGCCACUGAACACACCGAGGGAAUCCUGAGGCGGGUCGCUCCGACCCUCGCUUGGCUCGGGGCAAUGCGCGGCUAGAUGACUUCACUACAUCAACAAGCACCGCGGUAUCCUGGACUAAUAUAGCAGCAGCACACACACACACACACACAAACACAGACCCUCCUCUCCUCUCCUCUCCUCCUCUCCUCCUAUCUUCUCCCCUCCUCCUCCUCUCCACUCUUCUCUCUCCAUUCGCUGAUCCCGAGUCCCUCCGUCCAAAGGCACCAUGGGAAACCGUGGCAUGGAGGAUCUGAUCCCGCUGGUCAACAAGCUGCAGGAUGCCUUCAGCUCCAUCGGUCAGGCCUGCAACCUGGACCUGCCGCAGAUCGCGGUGGUCGGCGGCCAGAGCGCAGGGAAGAGCUCGGUGCUGGAGAACUUUGUCGGCAGGGACUUUCUACCCCGUGGAUCUGGUAUUGUCACCCGCAGGCCUCUGGUUCUGCAGCUUAUCAGUGCCACUGCAGAAUGGGCAGAAUUUCUCCACUGCAAAGGGAAGAAGUUCACAGACUUCGACGAGGUUCGCCAGGAGAUCGAGGGGGAAACGGACCGCAUCACUGGAGCUAACAAAGGCAUAUCUCCCGUCCCCAUCAACCUGCGGGUUUAUUCCCCACAUGUACUGAACCUGACUCUCAUCGAUCUACCGGGGAUCACCAAGGUGCCAGUCGGAGACCAGCCCGUUGACAUCGAGCAGCAGAUCCGGGACAUGAUCAUGCAAUUCAUCACCAGAGAGAGCUGCUUGAUCCUCGCCGUCACGCCGGCGAACACUGACCUGGCCAAUUCUGACGCUCUGAAACUGGCAAAAGACGUCGAUCCCCAGGGAAUGAGGACUAUAGGAGUGAUCACCAAACUGGAUUUGAUGGAUGAAGGUACAGACGCCCGAGAUGUGCUGGAAAACAAGCUGCUGCCGCUGCGAAGAGGUUAUAUCGGAGUGGUGAAUCGCAGUCAGAAGGACAUCGAUGGGAGGAAAGACAUCAAGGCGGCGUUGGAUGCGGAGAGGAAGUUCUUUUUAUCCCACCCGUCUUACAGACACAUGGCUGAUAAAAUGGGUACCCCACGUCUGCAGAGAGUCCUCAACCAGGAACUGACCAACCACAUCCGGGACACGCUGCCAGCUUUCCGCAGCAAGCUGCAAUCCCAGCUGUUGGCUUUGGACAAGGAAGCUGAGGAAUACCGGGGAUACCGACCUGAUGACCCGUCUCGCAAAACCAAGCAGCUGUUGCAGAUGGUGCAGCAAUUCUCUGUGGACUUUGAGAAGAGGAUUGAGGGUUCAGGGGACCAGGUGGACACAGUGGAACUGUCCGGUGGAGCCAAAAUCAACCGCAUCUUCCACGAGCGUUUCCCCUUUGAACUGGUCAAGAUGGAGUGUGAUGAGAAGGAGAUGCGGCGCGAGAUCAGUUACGCUAUCAAGAACAUCCAUGGUAUCAGGACUGGACUUUUCACCCCCGACAUGGCAUUUGAGGCCAUCGUGAAGAAGCAGAUCAUUAAGCUGAAGGAGCCCUGCAUCAAGUGUGUGGACAUGGUCAUCCAAGAGCUGAUUAACACUGUGCGCCAGUGCUCCAACAAGCUGGACUGUUUUCCAAGGCUGCGAGAGGAAACCGAGAGAAUCGUUACCUCUCAUAUCCGAGACAGAGAGAGCCGGGCCAAGGACCAGAUCCUGCUGUUAAUCGAUGUCCAGCUUUCAUACGUCAACACGAACCAUGAGGACUUCAUCGGCUUUGCUAAUGCGCAGCAGAGGAGCAGUCAGACAAAUAAGAGCCAGAGUUCGGCAGGAAAUCAGGUCAUACGUAAAGGCUGGUUGACGAUCAACAACAUCAGCAUCAUGAAGGGAGGAGCCAAGGAGUACUGGUUUGUGCUGACUGCUGAGACCCUCUCCUGGUUCAAGGAUGAUGAAGAGAAGGAAAAGAAAUACAUGCUCCCCCUGGACAACCUGAAGGUCCGCGAUGUGGAGAAGAGCUUCAUGUCCAGCAAGCACAUAUUCUGCAUUUUCAACACGGAGUCGAGGAAUGUGUACAAGGACAAUCGCACCCUGGAGUUGGCCUGUGACUCUCAGGAUGAUGUGGACAGCUGGAAAUCUUCUCUCCUUCGGGCUGGAGUCUAUCCUGAGAAGAUUGCCACGGUUGAGAGUGAGACCACCACCACUUCAGAUAACUUCUCCAUGGAUCCACAACUUGAACGUAAAGUGGAAACCAUUCGUAACCUGGUGGACUCCUACAUGGCUAUUGUCAACAAGUGCAUCCGGGACCUCAUGCCCAAGACCAUUAUGCAUCUCAUGAUCAACAAUGUGAAGGAGUUUAUCAAUGCAGAGCUAUUGGCCCAGCUGUACUCUGCAGGUGACCAAAAUGCCCUGAUGGACGAGUCCCAGGAGCAGGCCCAGAGGAGGGAUGAGGUGUUGAGGACCCACCAAGCUCUGAAGGAGGCGUUGGCCAUCAUUGGUGACAUCUCCACCUCCACUAUCACUGUUCCCGUGCCUCCGCCUGUUGACACAUCUUGGGUGGCAGGAUCCACCGGUGGUCGCAGGUCUCCUCCACCCAGUCCCACUGCCCCUAGGAGGAUGUCUUCAGGCCAGCGCCCGGCUCCCCGAGGGGCCCCACCACCACCAAAUCGCCCAGGACCACUUGGGCCGUUCAAUAACACUGCUGACAGCCCACAGGCUCCCAGCCGUCCAAACAGGGCCCCUCCUAGCAUCCCCAGCCGGCGGCCUCCUCCUUCUCCCACACGACAAGCCCCGCCAUAAUCAUCCAAAGAGGAUUCCUCACCUUCCCUCUCUCCCUCCCUCCUUUAUUCACUCCAUCCCUACUCUCUUAGCCAUGGCUCUGCUGACCUUGUUGUCUUCUUAGUGCAGACACUGAAGUCUUUGACCCCUUUUGACCCUCAAUUUCCUGCCAGGUGAAGAUGUCCAUAUAUCUAUGUACAGUAUGGUACUUGUCUUGUGGUGUAUGUAUCUGUGCGCUUGUUGCUCGCUUGUGGUCCAGGUUUGCUUCGCAGAUCCACUACCCAUCAGUCCCUGGGACCGCUUCACCCCCACAGACCCCCUCAGCACCUCCUCCUCCACCACCACCACCACUUGCUGCUUCUACAUAAAAAACGCUCAGCAGUCGUACUGCCCUACUCAUUCCAAAAUGCAGCAUGGCACAUAAGCUGCUUUUUUGCAUGGGAGUGUGUGUGGAUUUAGAGUGUGUGUGUGUGUGUGUGUGUGUGUGUGUGUGUGUAUUCAGGGAGGGACUAAUUUGCCUAUAUGUAGGCUGAAUUUCAUUUAGUAUUGUAUUUAUUUAUUGUAUAAUAACCCCGCCCCCUACACACACACAUUAGGUGUUAAUUGGUGUGUGUGUAUGUGCGUGUUUGAGUGUGAGUAAUGUUGUGUCCGUGUGUCAGAGUGUGCGAGGACACGUGUGUGCAUGUGCCGUCUGUCUGCACGUUUGUUGGCGUUUCACUUAUAUUUGUUUUCAUGUUCAAAGCUGUUAACGAUGAAUCAUAAAAACCCCCGGGGGUAAAUUUAAUGUUGGACUUUUGUGAGUUGUUCCUGUGUUGUAGUAGCAGCCAUACACACUUAGCAAGGCUGAGGAGCCCCUUUAGUAUUCUCUAUAUGGAAACAUUAGCCACAAUAACACAUCAUUUAACCUCGUCAUAGGUGUCCACCUGUGUUGUAUCAGUGGUCAACUUAAAAACCCAUGCAGCCUUAUGCUCCGAUCUGGAUGCUGACUGCUGAGAUGGAACUUGCCACUUUAAAAAGACACACACACACACACACACACACGCUUAUGACUUAAUGUGGCAAAACACCAAACACUAUCCACAGAUGAACAUGCGUUAUAUGUUUCCAUUUAGCCUUUCUCAGGUCUGAAACACACUCAACUCCAUGUCCAUCACAAACUACCAGUCUUUCUCUUUCCUCGACUCUUCUCAUUUCCCUCCACCAAAAGCCAGACAGUCAGUCAGCAUAUGCAUCAGAGCGUAAGGUGGUGUCAUCAUUGUUCAAGUGCUUCUCUGUCAGGUUGUUAUUGUGUACGUGGGCCCAAACCGUGUUCUGAUGUAUAUAGACGAUAAGGAGAUACUGUACCUGUGGACUAUAAAGACCUAAUCAAAGAUCCUAGCGCUUUAAUCGUUCUCCGUCUCUAUUCACUCAAUGCUCUCUUCUCUCUUUAGACUGCCUUACUGGCAUGAAUUACAAUUCUGUAUUGCCAAAGCUAAAUGUAGAAAGAGAAUUGUGAAUUUGAAGAAAAUAAUGCUUAAGACUAACAAUGACAUGGUUCCAGGUGUAAUAAGAUGGUAUUAUUUAGCAGAGGGCAUCAGGUUUAACUGGGGAAUUGCAUCAGUUGUUAUUUUAUGUGUCUCUGUAUCACUCCCCAAUAAACUUCUUCCUCAUAAUGUCA